CCCUAUUAUCCCAUCAACCAACUAAGUACGUUCUUUCUGCAAUAUUGUAUGUUACAGACCAAGAUGGGUUUGUGCAAGACACCACUAGCCCUUAUUUGCCUCUUUGGCUUAACCCUACUCCAUCUCUCCCUUGCCCAAGACACCCAACAAGACUACCUCAAAGCCCACAACGACGCCCGUGCAGCGGUGGGAGUUCCGGCGCUGACAUGGGAUGACAAAGUAGCUGCAUAUGCACAAGACUAUGCUAAUAAACGUAUUGGCGACUGCAGUCUUGUGCACUCCGGUGGGCCUUACGGUGAAAACAUUGCAUGGGGCAGUGCCGACCUGUCAGGCACGGCGGCGGUAAAGAUGUGGGUGGACGAGAAGGCGAACUAUGACUACAACUCCAACACUUGCGCUGCUGGGAAAGUGUGCGGGCACUACACUCAGGUGGUGUGGCGCAACUCUGUGCGUCUAGGAUGUGCUAAAGUUCGGUGCAAUAGUGGAGGUACAUUCAUUAUCUGCAACUAUGAUCCCCCAGGCAACUUUAACGGGCAGCGGCCUUACUAGGAGCUACCUGUUCAUCCACUAAAUAAGCAUAUAAACGUGUUUAAAGAUAAAUAAGCCAUGUUUUAGAAAGAAAAGAAUAAAAUGGAUAUUAGAAAGUGAUCCAUCUUUGGUUGGAUGUAAUUAAAUUCUUCUUCUUUGUGAGAUGCGAUGUGUAAGGGAAGAUCAAAAACAUCUUCGAAGAAGAAUAAAAACAUCUUCGAAGAAGAAUGAGUUUUAAUGCACGUGAAUGCAAUAAUUGUCAGUGGCUUGUAUUUAA